CGGUCUUGUGUAUAUGCCGAGUUUUGAACGGAGAGCUCGGAUAUCAAUAUCUUUACAUCCAUGUCAACCUGGACGAACUUUUAUGAAGAGUUGUCACUUAUGUUCCUCCGUGGGUUUAUAAAGGAAAAGAAAUCGAAAUGACCAUCCUGGAUAUAAUCAGCAGUGGCUUCAGGAAAUGUGGUCUUCAGUUGGUCCUGUUCUUGUACAUUGCUGGGAUGAUCUUGCAGUUUCCUAUAUGGCAGAAUAUGAUCAUCCACCGUCUGUGCCUGGAACGAUAUGGGGUAGACGUCUGUGACAACCUCUCCAAGAAUCCUCAAGCAGAAUCCGAAGUUCAAAUGGUAUCAUCACGUCUUUUUACCUUACAAUCAAUCUUCACUGAUAUCCCUGGUGCCAUCGCUGCUUUGUUGUUGGGAUCACUCAGUGACAAGAUAGGUAGGAAGCGAGUCAUGCUCUUCCCAUGUUGCGGUUCUCUUCUCUUGAGUCUCGUCCUACUUCUUCAGUCCAUAAUACCAGUUGUGUACUUACCUUUGGUCAUCCUCAGCUGCUUGAUUUUUGGUGUCAGCGGUGGGAUCCAGACCUUUAUGACUACCGCUGUGAACAUCAUCACAGACACCACCCCUGUAGAGAAGCGAGCUGUGCGUAUAAGUCGCACCAUGCCCUUCUUUGGUCUUGGGAUGGUCGUCGGUAUGCUCUGCUCGGGGAUCCUUCCUCAAUUUCUGUCCAUCACUCAAGUUUACCUUCUUUACACUGCUUCCCAGUUCAUUGUCGUUGCUGUCGUUCUUCUUUUCUUUGACGAAACUCUUCCGAAAGUUCAAGAUGAUGAGCCGAGCAAUGGGGGCGACAUCAAGGAAAACAAUGGCAGUAAAAACAGCUAUCUGGGUAUUGUUGGUUUGAUCAAACUCAUAUGGAGUAGUGUAACAGCUGGAAUCAAUGUUCUUACAUCAAGAGAGAAUCGCCCCUACCGAACUGCUCUCAUAGUGUUGUUGGUUGCGGGGAUGAUUGGUAACGCAUCAGCAAUGAUUGAAUUCAAUUUGAUUCUCCUCUAUACCAAACGAGCGCCUUUCCUGUGGUCACCCAAAGUAUACGGUAUCUUUUCUGCCUUCAAAAGCCUUAUGGGCAUCAUCGGCCAGGCCGUAGGUACCGGGAUGGUACUAGGUCUCCUUGGCGAACGUUCUCUCAAGAAUGAUUUCAAGCUAUUGCAGUUGGGCUCUAUAUCCGCCAUCUUGGUUACUCUGUUUACAGCCUAUGCUUCGUCUACAAAGUUAAUGAUGUUCGCUGCCCUAUUUGUACUAAUUGGUGCACCUUCAAGAUCAGCUAAUGGUUCAAUUGUUUCUCGUAUUGUUAGCCCUAGUCAGAAAGGUGCCUUCAUGUCCAUGGGAUCUUUCUUGAACACGCUGACCACGCCCAUAUUAGGUGGUAUCUAUAAUGGUAUCUAUGCAUCAACAGUCGAGACACGCCCUGGUCUUGUUUUCAUAUGCAUGGCUGUUGUUCAUGCAUUUGCAUUCCUUAUUGUCAGGUAUGUUAUUGCAAAUGCACCAGAGUCCGAAUCUACAAGCGAGAAAACUGACUAACCGCUAAAGUUGCAUCACAGUACCUUUGGACUGAUGACAAAAUAACAAGGUGAAAAUAAAUUGUGAAAAUAGGACAUAGAUCUAGAAUUUUAGUUUAUCAAUCCAAUUGAUUCAAAAAGUUUUUUUUUCUAACAAAGUGUGUAAUGGUCAAGUGACCUAUAGAUUAGUGCUCGAGAUUAAACUUUUUUAUUAGAACACAGCUUGUCCUCAUGAUCCCGAACCCCUAGCUCAAAUUUCCACAAUAAUUCACCAGUCAGGGUUCUAUGUAAUGUAUAUGUCUAUAAUUAAUAAAAAUAUUAAUUCUCCAUGAAUGAAAAUUCAGGAAAUUAUUUUAUCUUAACGUGUAUAGGGGAGAUCGGGGUUAGUUGAAUUGCGGGGUAAGUUGAAACAUUGUAAUUUUCUUUAACGACUUUGACAUAAAUUUAUGCAAUACUGCCUUCAAUUUAUUGCUAUUAAUAAUACGACACUGUUGUAUUAUCAAUAGCAAAAUAUUGAGGGCGGUAUUGCAUAAAUUUAUUUCAAUGGCGUUAAAGAAAAUUACAAUGUUUCAACUUACCCCGCCUUUCAAGUAACCCCGAUCUCCACUACUUGUAUAAUGUCAAACUUUGAAAGAUGUAUCACUGGAAAUCUGUUAAGUGAUUAUUUUAACUAUGAAAAUUUAGAAAUUCAACCCUCAAAGGUUUGGUAGUGAUAUCGUUGUAUAAUGAAUAUAUUUAAUAACUUAAUUCGAGUAUUUUGUUUCUGAAAAUGGCAUUAUUUUGGACCUGCAGACUUAUUAUGGACCUGCAGACUUAUUAAUGUUCUUUAUAGAUUGUGGUUUUAUCAAAAUAUCAACAUAUCGCAACAAUUAAGGAGGAGUUGCAUUGGAUUUACAAAAUAUAACAAUCCAAUGAUAAAACGAUCGCAGAGUUAGAAAGCACAUGCAUAAUGUAAUAUUUACAAAUAAAAAGAUGAAUGCAUUCGCUAACCUGACAGAUAAAAGAAAAAGAGGAUCGAAGUUGGGAAAAAAGAAAUGAUAAUCGAAGUGAGACUUUAUUGGCAGAACUAUUAUUAUGUUAAUCGUAUAUUGCGUCAAUAAGUAAUGCCUUCAUGAAACAGUGCACUGUAUAUAACUUUGUACUUAUUAUUAUGAGAUUGGAUUUGCAUUCCUUUUAUCGGUAUAGAUAGAUAUUAUUGAUGGAUUUUUUUAAAAUUAUAGAUGAGCUUUUGCUCAUUCGCAUUAUCAGGCUUCUAAAUGUGUAGAGCAAUAAAACAAACUAUCUUCACUCCUUUUAAUUCAUUUGAGUUCGAGAGUUGUUUUAUAUUGUAGAUAUUGUACAGUAUUGUAAACAGGUAAAGAAUCUGGAAUGAUACAUUCUUGAUAUUCAUGUAUAGACUGAUUUUGAAGAGGACGAUAAAU